CAACAGGGUCGACCUUGGACAAGUGACCGCGCGCGAGGGAAUGGGUUGCCGUCAGGACCCAACAGUAGUUAAGGCAACGCAACCAUGGCUACAGGACCUGUCGACAAUGUCAUUCUCUUGGCUGAUUGUUACAAGACAUCGCACCACAAGGCAUAUCCACCUGGCACCUCGUCUCUGUAUGCCUACUUCGAGUCACGCGGUGGAAGGUUCCCCUACACCGUUUUCUUCGGCUUGCAAUACAUCCUAAAACGAUGGCUAUGCGGUCCUGUGAUCACGAAGGAAAUGGUCCUGGAAGCGAAGGAGGUACUGGGCACCGUCUUCAAGAGGGAUGAUGUGUUCAACGAAGAUGGGUGGAACUACAUCCUAGAGCGCCACGGGGGUCGCAUCCCCGUGAGGAUUCGGGCGGUUCCGGAGGGCUCGGUCGUGCCCGUCAAGAACGUCCUGUUCACGGUGGAGAGCACUGAUCCCGCCGUCCCCUGGGUCACGAACUUCUUCGAGACUCUUCUGGUGCAAGUGUGGUACCCCAUGACAGUCGCCACGAUCUCGAGGAUUCACAAGCAGGUCAUCCACUACUACAUGUCCCUCACCCAUGACAGCCUCGAGACGGUUGAAUUCUCGCUCCACGACGCCGGGUACCGAGGUGUUUCGUCGGUCGAGUCGGCUGCCUUGGGAGGCGCUGCCCACAUGAUCAACUUUAAGGCCUCGGACACGGUCGCAGGAAGCUCCAUGUUGAGGAAGUUCUACCAGCUGAAGGGCGUGGCAGGGUUCUCCACGCCCUCCAGCGAACACUCCACCGUCACCACCUGGGGGAGGGAGGGGGAGGCCCAGGCUCAUCGCCACAUGCUCGAGGUGUAUGAAGAGGGUACGCUGGUUGUGUGUGCGAUUCCUAUGACAUCUGGAAGUGUUUCGAGGACGUCUGGUGCCAUGAUCUUCGCGACCUUGUCCUUCAGCGUGGCGAGAAGGGUGGCUGCAUCUACCUCCGACCCGACAGCGGUGACCCAGCCGAGGUCGUCCUUAGGAUAUAAAAUAUUAAAACAAAUUCCUUUCCCCCGUUACUCUCAAGCGAACUUCCUCUCUGUAGUAAUCUUCCUUACACUAGUUGUGGCACCUAUUGAUGUUGUACCCUGUUACAUCCAGAUCUCGGCAUCGAAAACUGACUUAUUCCGUCCAGUGUUAGUUCUCAAAAGAAUAGGAUAA